AUGGAUAAGCCUCCCGCGUUCAGAGACAACUCCUUGCACCACCGUAGCAAGCGGCCUCGUCAGCAAGACUCUCACGAAUCGAAUUCCACGUCAGGAAGGCGGUAUGUUGUAGCCGUGCACGUGGGAGCGGGUUACCACUCCAAGCGUUACGAGCAGCGGUAUCUGCGCGCCAUGCGCGACGCCCUCGCAGCCGCGGAGCUGGUGUUGCGCGGAGCUGGCGGAACAUCGGCGGAAGGGCAGCGAGGAGAAUGCGCGGGGGCGGGAGAAGCAGGCCGAUUAGACGCGAAGAAUCGUGCAUCUGCGCCGGGUUCGGGUUUGGACCGCUGCUGUUCGUCCACGUGUACGGCUCUAGAUGCUGUCGUGGCAGCCGUUAGAUGUUUAGAGCGUGUGAGGAUGUUGGCGGGGGAAGGAGCGCUGCUGUGGGCUCAGACUCAUGCGCCAUACGCCGUUGCAAGGCACCCACAGGAUCUGGUGACGCCAGCAGCAGAAGGCCAGUGGCGCAAGUACCGGAGAAUCGUGGGGGCUCUGGAGCAGCAUCAGGGGAGAAAGGAGUGCGUGCGUGCGUUCAGGGCAGUAGAGAAAGAAGAGGAUCUGGACGAAGUGCGGACGGAGCAGGGUAGCAUGGGCACGUGGGGGGAAGAUGCCAAGAGGGAGCGCAGGGAUUAUGGGGGAUGGGGAAAAUCAACGAGGGAGGGUGAUGAGGAGGAUGUUGAAGGUAUUGAGGGCAUGGGAGGUGAGGUGGAUUGGACGGGAGGGAGAGAGGAAGAGGGAAAGACAAGGGUUGUGGGAAAGGGAGAGGAGGAAGGAGAAGAGGAGGGAGAGGAGGGAGAGAAAGAGGGAGAGGGAGAGGACGAAGAGGAGGAGGAGCAGGAGGGCCCGUGGGACACAGUGGGGGCGGUGUGUUUUGAGGUGGCAAGCGGAGCAGCAGCAGCCGCGUCUAGUGGGGGAAUAGCUUUCAAGGCGCCUGGCAGGGUGGGGUGUGCAGCAAUGCACGGGGCAGCCUGCUGGGCUGAUGCCUCCAUCAGCACCGCAUCCAACCUACCCAAGUCAUCAGCAGCAGAUCCAGCAUGCUCAGAGGCUGCUCAAGAGAUCAGCGUCAGAGGCGAUUUCCAUGCAGCGGCAGUGGAAACUGAGUCAGAGCAUGAUCAGAAGCAGCAGCAGCACCAGCCGCAGAUGCUUGCUGUGGCUGCCAGUGUGUCCGGGGCCGGUGAGCCAAUCGUGGAGUGCCAGCUCGCACGGUGCGUGUGCGAGGCGGCCAUGGAAGGUGGUGAGUCUGACCCUGCAGCGAUGGGGAUUGCCAGGUUCAAUGCUCAUGUGGCAGCUCUGUCAGCAGCAGCAUUAGAUGAUCAGCAGCAGCGGGGGGAAACAGAGAGGAAGAGGCAGUGGCCCGUUGCUUCCGAUGUUGGUCUGCUGCUGCUCUCUGCUUACCCGCAGCAUAAGUCACCGUCAGGCGCGCUACUUGAUCCCUCCUCGUCCGCUUACUCCGCCGGUCGCUCGUUUCCGAAGUCAUCCUCGUUAUUAGACGACCCCGCUAAGUUUGAGGCGUAUGAGCAGCUCAACCUACACCAGGCGCGUUCUUCGAGGCAUCCGAGCGUUAAGGCUGGCCGCUCUUCCUCCUCUGCUUCCUCUCGCGGGAAGCUGAGUGUGCGGUGGGCUUUGGAGGAGGGAGAGGAGGGGCAUGAGGGAGUGGGGAGGAGGAAGAGUAGUGUGGCUCGGGUGGAGGAAGUGGAUGGGGAGGAGAUGGGUGAGGGGGAUGGGCUGAUAGGCGGAGAGGGGGGUGAGGGGAGAGAAGAGGAAGGAGGGGUUGAGGGGGACGGAGAGGGAGGGGGAGGGAGGAGGCGGAAUGGGAAGCUUUUUCGGAUGUUGAGUGCAGAUUUUUGCGUUGGAGGGGAGAAUGGGGGUAGGAGUGGGGCGUAUGGGGGAAGGGGUAUGGAUGAGGGGAGCAGGAAUUGGGGGAGAGGGGGGAGAAGUAUUGGAGGAAGGGGGGGAUGGGGAGGGUCAAUGGGUUGGUGGCGGGGUUGGGGAAGAGAUGCAGCAGAGGGAGGGGAUGUGAGUGAUUGGGGGGAAGGAGGGUCAGGAGGAAGCGGAGGACGAGGGGGAGGAGGAGGAGGCGGAGGAGAGGGAGGAGGAGUGGGAAGCAACAUGAAGGGGAUAGUAGGAGAGGGAGUGGCUCUUUUAGAUGAUGAGGAGGUGGAGAGGAUGGAUGACGAGGUGAUUCAAGCCUUGUUCGAGCGAGUGGUGGAGGCACAGACGCAGCUGCACAAUUAUAAGAACCUCGUCGCCUUUUCACUCUUCACCGCGCUCUACCUCCUCAUGCUCUGUCUUCAGGACUACUCAGGGGACUCAAGCUACUCCUUUGCCAGCAGCAGCGACUUCUACACCUGGCUUAACAACAGCAUCAUUCAGGUGAAACUGGACAACGUGCUGCUGGUGGACAAGCUCACACUCAACCUCAUAAGCCAAUCGCAGUUGGACAGUGGUGGGUGCAAGACUUUCAGUGACAAGGGCAGCAUAUGGGUGUUCGGUUCGGAUUGGAAGGUGAUAGCGGAAGGAUCACGCAAGCAAGGGCUGUACGAGAUGAAGCUGCACGAAAAACAGAGUGGGGAGAAGCCCACGUACAUGGCUGAACCGGAAGGGGGCAAGGUGGCACGAGAUGAGCUACGCACCAAGUUGAAAAAAGUUCCGAUCAAGGAGCUGCAGCAGCAGGCGCUUCCUAUGGCUGCAGCAGUGAGCACGGUGGACGUCAACCUGCUGCACAGGAGGAUGGGGCACGCUGGUCACACUCGAAUCAAGCAGCUGGUCAAGAAGAAUAUGGCAGCAGGAGUGAAGGGAUUAGCGGCGGACGUUACCCCUCACGAGGCGUUCUACAAGAGGAAGCCGAAUCUGGAGUUCUUACGUGUUUGGGGCUGCAUGACGCAAUACGGAGAGGCGGCGGGACCCGAUCACAAGCUUCUCCCUCGGACCAAGUGGGGAAUUCACUUGGGAAUCUGCCCGGAGAGCAAAGGGUGGGUGAUACGCGAUGUGGAGACUGGAAAAGUCACGGCGACUAGAGAUGUUACCUUCUACGAGCAGGACACCUACUUGGAGUGGAAGGGACGGAAACAAGGAGCUGUUGCAAAGAAAGCGGCAGCAGCACCAACUCCAGUGGAGGAGAUGAUAGAUGGGAGUGAGAAGGAGGGGAUAGGGGCAGCCAAUGGAAGCGGUGACAAUGACGACUACGAAGACCACACUACACCGGGUUUCGACUGGGUGUGGGAGGUCCAGGAGCUGUCCUCACCUUCAACUGCCGUGGAAGAGGGUGAAGAAGAAAAUGAUAAGGAAGAAGAAGCGGGUGACAGCGCAACGAAUGAAGCCGGUGAGGAAGAAGCUGAGAUUUCGGAUGUGGAAGAGAGUGUGGCUGAAUCUGCCAGCACGGGGUACUCCGACCCAUGGCGCAUCAUUGACACGGGGGACAAUGAAAAGGCGGCAGCAGAGAUUGAAGACCUACUUGUAGACGGAGCGAUCAUCAUCGGAAGAGAGAUUGAAGGAGAUUCCGUGCAACAAGGAACGGAUGAUAAUGCAGCAGCAGAGAAAGGUGGAGCUGAAAAUGAGAAUGAGAAGAUGGGCAAAGGGAAACGGGUCAAGAAACCCAACCUCAACAGCCUUGCGGACAAGGAGGUCGAUGUGGGAGCAGAAAUUGAGGCAUGGGGCAACAGGGAGAGAGCGCUCAAAGCUUACCAAUCCAUGGUAGGCUCAGUCAUGUACCCGGUGUCAUGCACACGGGUUGAUGUGGCCUAUGCUGCAAGCUUUCUUGGACAGAGGGUGUUGCAGCCCGAGGGACGCAAGUGGAAGGAAAUUGAGCGGACCAUCACUUACCUCUUGCAGGGGGAUGAUGAGGGGCUGCUGUUUGAAGGGGGAGAGGAGAGUCUAGAGCUAGUGGGGUACGCUGACGCCUCACACGGAUCAGACAAGAAGGAUGGGAGGGGAGCCUAUGGCUAUAGUGAGUGUGUGGGAAAGCGUGAGCGGGCGUGUGGGGGUGGGAAGGUGGUGACGGUGGCUCUGCGGUGCCACUUUGCAUUGAGGGAGGCCAUGAGUGAGUGUGUGGGAAAGCGUGAGCGGGCGUGUGGGGGUGGGAAGGUGGUGACGGUGGCUCUGCGGUGCCACUUUGCAUUGAGGGAGGCCAUGUGUGGCGAUGGUGUGGUGACGGUGGCGCUGCGGUGCCACUUUGCAUUGAGGGAGGCCAUUCAGAGCAGCUCCUGGAACCUCUGCUCCACUGCCAUCCGAGACGUGUGCUGGUUCCAGGACCCCCAGCUAUUCACAGAGUUCACGGGCUGGUACACGGUCACAGUGCGCCUGCCAGACAACGACUGGUACGUUGCUGGUGAAUGGGAGAGAGUACGUGCUAAGAUACACACCCUCUCCCCUCCCUCACACCCGUUCAGGUUCCAGGACCCCCAGCUAUUUAUCGAGCUGAAAGGCUGGCACACGGUCACAGUGCGCCUGCCAGACAACGACUGGUUCGUCUCCCUCACUGCUCCCACCGGGGGCGUGGGCGUCUAUGUCUAUGAGUCCCUAGGGAAGAAGACCACAGGCGCUUCAGAACCUGGCACAGACUCCUCCUCUGGUGUUUACAGCUCAGGCUCAGCUGCUGAAGGCUCGGUGAUGAUAUCAGCACCGCCGCCACUGCCACCGCCGCCACCCCCUGUUUUUACCACCCCUGCCCCAGCCCCCUUCCGACUGCCCUCCUCGCGUGUCUCCCCCUCCGCCUCUCCUCCACCCGCCUCGCCCACCGCUUCGACUUUUGAGUCGACUCAAAAGUCAACUCCUCCACCCGCCUCGCCCACCGCGUCGCCUUUUGAGUCGACUCAAAAGUCAACUCCUCCACCCGCCUCGCCCACCGCUUCGCCUUUUGAGUCGACUCAAAAGUCAACUCCUCCACCCGCCUCGCCCACCGCUUCGCCGUCCACAAAGGAGUAUCUGCGGCCUUCCAACGGCACGGGGGCGAAUGUGCUGCUGGCGAGCGUGGAUGGGUGUGUGGAGGACGGCGAGAGCGGUCUGCAGCGGUGCAGACAGGUACGGUGUGGUGGUGAGGUGUUGGACGCGGUGCAUGUGCAAGCAGGGGUUUGCAGCGGUGCAGACAGACCUGUGCCAUAUGGGCUAUCUGUCUCCCGCAACUGGGUUCAUACUUUCAACUGCAGUCCUGUUCCUACCGUCCCUCCUGCCCCUCACCUCCUUGCCUUGCCCAUACCCUCCUCCGGUGUCCCCCUUCUUUCCCUCCCCAUACAACGCUUGCAGCUGGUAUGUACUCUGAGGCAAGUUCUUCCCAUGCUCUCCUUCAGUCCAGCCGACAGCUCUUCCCCUCUCCACCGACCUCCUCAUUCCUCCCAGCCACCGAAGCUGCCUCCUUGCACCUCACCCACCCUUCCAUCCCCUCAUCCUCACCCAUUCUCCCCCCCACCCCCUCCAGCCACCUCCUCCCAGCCAAUCGCAGAAGCCCAGCGGCUCGUGUGGGAGAGCCUUGGGACGACAGACGGAGAGCGAAUCAGGGUGUGCCAGGUGGCGGUGGCACGGGCGCUUCCCUCCCGGCGCUUCUCUGCCGCCCAGCAGGCUCUUUUCGUCCGCAUCCUCGUCAUGGCGCUGCAGUCAGUCGUGCAGAAGAUGCCGAGCGGUGCCGUCCAGGCUGCCACCCACUUGCUGCACAUCUUCAACGACGCAGUGGUCUCGCCAGACGCCUCGCCGUGCCCCCAAGGUGCAUCUCUCUUUCUGUUGCUCUCAAGUGCCCCUAUGGUCUUCCCAGGGCGCAAGCGUUUCGAAGAGCCUUGCGCGUCCCAAGUGGGUGCUUUUGUAAUAACUCAAGAGCUUCCUCCUCUCCCUACAAUCCUUCUCUCCUCCCUCCCCGGGUCCCCCUCCUCUCCCCCAGCGGAUUUCAUGGUUCUAUGGGACUCUGCGUCCUUCACCCGCCGCGCCAUAUCAGACGGGCAGCGGGUCACGUGGGUGUGGAACGACGACGACUACCACGAGCUCUCAGGUGUGGCGAGCAAGGGUAGGGAGGAGAGGGAGACGGGAGAGGUAUGGAACGGCGACGACUACCACGAGCUCUCAGGCUCUCCCGACGACUCAUCACCGCCCCAGUUCGCAUACACCAAGGUGUUUGGCACGGCUCGAGACAUAGCUGUGAAGGACUCGCCUCAGUCACUCGCAUUCACCCUCAUCCGCGCCAGGAAUGAUUCAGGCACGGCUCGAAACAUGAAACCCCGCGACUCUCUCCCCCCCUAUGUGCUCCUCCUCGCCUCCCUCUGUGCGCCUGCCUGCCGUCUCGCCAUGCUGGCCAACGGUCGCUGCGACCAGCAACCCCGCGACUCUCUCCCCCCCUACGCGCUCCUCCUCGCCUCUCUCUGUGCGCCGGACUGCCGUCUCUCCAUGCUCGCCAACGGCCGCUGCGACCAGCCCUGCAACGUGGCUCUCUGUGACUUCGACGGGGGGGACUGCGCUUGCGGCGGCGCUGGCAGCGGGAGUAUUGGAAGCAGCGUGAGCAGCGGCAGUGAUGCUGCUGGUGCUGGUGGUGGGAGUGGGAGAGGAGGCAGCGGCAGUGGCAGCAGUGGCGGUGGUGCGAGUGCGGGUGGGAGUGUGGGAGGAGGAGUGGGUGUGCAGUGGUGCACAUGUCCUGUGUUGCAGAUACGGGGCGAUGAUGGAGCGUGCUGUGAAGCAGCAGGAGCAGGCACGGGCAUCAAGGUCCCCUUCAGUCUGCAACGAUUUGGCCCCACAGUGCAUCCCCUCCUCUCCACUCUCGGCAGCACCGCUACUGCUCUGCCUCGUGUUGUGUCCCAAUACAACAGCCCCCCCCAUGUGUCCCUCCUGCACCUCCUUCCUAGCCCCUCCCCUCGCCUCAGUGUGCUGAUGGGUUUCACUAUCGUGCAAUACCUCUGGCACUCCUCACGCUCUGAUUUGAAGCCAACCAAAGAAGCAGAGUGUGAUGUGAUGCUUGCUGUGAGCCAACCAGAACCAUAG